AUGAAACGGGAAAUCAUGAGGGUCCUGGGGAUAUGUGGGUUCUAUCGCAAGAUCGUCCCAAACUUCAGCAGAGUGGCUGACAGACCUACUACAGAGAAAAGCAAAGGUUUUGACCUGGCAGGGCAGCUAGCCAUUGGUCUCUCUGGAUGGUCAGCACCUUAUUCUCAAGAUGGCCCAAUGCCUUUCCCUCAACCCCAGUACACGUACAAGGACUUCAAGCUGCCUCCUUCCAAGUCAUUUGUUUUGCAGAUGGAACGGUCAGCCCCUGCCUCGUGUCCAGCUUCACUCUCCAUCACUCCAGUGCCUUCUUGUGACAGCAGCCAGGAAACUCUCAGCCAAGAAACUGAAGUGCUACAGGGUAUGAGUGUAGCAAUUCAUGGGGCUGAAAACUGCGUUCAGAUUCAUCGGAGAAGUGUGCUCACCUAUCAAAAAUCCGCUUGGAUGUCUGGGAAUAGGCACCCCUCGUUUCCUCCGGUCACCAAGUCUGUGACCAUGGACUGUUCCUCUUCAGGAUCAAUUGAAUCUGCUGUUAUCAAUGGGAAAUAUCAUUAUCCAGUGACUCGGGAUGUAAAUAUUUACCUGGGUGAAUCGGAGGGGAGGAACAGUCCUUCGAAAGAUGACGAUUCCCUGCUUCAUCCUGGCAAUUUGACCAGCACAUCAGAUGAAGCAAGUCGACUGGAAACGGAGUGGGAAGAACUUGAAGCUGCGGAUAGAAAUAAAGGAAACGGCCUGUUCUUCAGGGAUGGGAAGUGCCGAAUUGAUUACAUCCUUGUGUACAGAAAAUCUAACAUACAAACGGAGAAACGGGAGAUGUUUGAGAGAAACUUGAGAGCUGAAGGACUGAACAUUGAAAAAGAGUCAUCCCUGACCAACAGUGACAUAAUGUUUGUGAAGUUGCACGCCCCUUGGGAAGUUCUUUGUAGAUAUGCAGAAUUAAUGAAUGUACGAAUGCCUUUCAGGAGAAAAAUCUAUUACCUGCAGCGGCGAUACAAGUUCAUGAGCAGGAUGGAGAAAAGGUUGAGCAGGUUUCGAGGAUGGUUACCUAGGAAACCUAUGAAGCUGGACAAGGAUACAUUACCAGAUCUGGAGGACACGGACUGCUACACUGCUCCUUUCAGCCAACAGAGGAUCCAUCACUUCAUUAUAAACAACAAAGAUACGUUCUUCAACAAUGCAACAAGAAGCAGAAUUCUGCACCACAUUUUACAGAGGGUUAAAUAUGAGGAGGGCAAGAACAAAAUUGGACUCAAUCGUUUACUUGGCAACAACACCUAUGAGGCAGCAUUCCCACUUCAUGAGGGAAGCCACAGAAGCAAAAAUUCCAUAAAGACUCACGGAGCCGUGAACCACCGACACCUCCUCUUCGAGUGCUGGGCCUGGUGGGGAGUGUGGUACAAAUAUCAGCCACUUGACCUAGUCAGGCGCUAUUUUGGUGAGAAGAUUGGUUUAUACUUUGCCUGGUUAGGCUGGUACACUGGAAUGCUAUUCCCAGCUGCCAUUGUUGGCUUACUAGUGUUCUUGUAUGGAGUUUUCACUCUUGAUUACUGCCAAGUAAGUAAAGAAAUCUGCCAAGCAACAGAAAUAAUUAUGUGUCCUCUCUGUGACCAGCAUUGCCGCUACAUGCGGUUGUCAUACAGCUGUGUAUAUGCCAAGGUGACUCAUCUCUUUGACAAUGGAGCAACUGUAUUCUUUGCUGUUUUCAUGGCUGUGUGGGCCAAUGUGUUCCUGGAGUUUUGGAAACGGAGACGAGCAGUUAUUGCUUAUGACUGGGAUUUGAUUGACUGGGAAGAGGAGGAGGAAGAAAUCCGGCCCCAGUUUGAAGCAAAGUAUUCCAAGGAGGAACAGAUGAAUCCCAUAUCUGGAAAACCAGAGCCUUAUCAAGCUUUCACAGACAAAUGCAGCAGAAUCAUUGUAUCAGCUUCUGGAAUAUUUUUCAUGAUCUGUAUGGUGAUUGCUGCUGUCUUUGGAAUCGUCAUUUAUCGGGUGGUGACUGUGAGCAUUUUUGCUGCAUUCGAGUGGGCUCUAAUUAGGAAUAACUCGCAGCUUGCUACAACAGGAACUGCAGUCUGCAUCAACUUCUGCAUCAUCAUGCUUCUGAACAUGCUAUAUGAGAAAGUUGCUCUUCUUCUGACCAAUUUAGAACAGCCUCGGACUGAGUCAGAGUGGGAGAACAGUUUCACGCUAAAAAUGUUUUUGUUCCAGUUUGUUAACUUGAACAGCUCCACGUUUUACAUAGCGUUUUUCCUGGGCAGAUUAACAGGACGCCCAGGAGCCUAUCUGAGAGUCUUGAACAGGUGGAGGUUGGAGGAGUGCCAUCCAAGUGGCUGCCUUAUCGAUCUGUGUUUGCAAAUGGGGAUCAUCAUGGUGCUGAAGCAGAGCUGGAAUAACUUCAUGGAGCUCGGCUACCCGCUUAUUCAGAACUGGUGGACGAGAAGAAAAUUAAGACAAGAGCAUGGCAAUAAUGGCAAGCUCAUUUUUCCACAGUGGGAGAAGGAUUACAAUCUGCAGCCAAUGAAUGCUUACGGCCUGUUCGAUGAAUAUUUGGAGAUGAUUCUUCAGUUUGGUUUCACAACUAUAUUUGUGGCAGCUUUCCCAUUGGCUCCUCUUCUAGCCUUAUUGAACAAUAUCAUUGAAAUUCGACUGGAUGCCUACAAAUUUGUCACACAGUGGAGGAGGCCUUUGGCUUCAAGAGCCAAAGAUAUAGGAAUCUGGUAUGGAAUUCUGGAAGGCAUUGGGAUCCUGUCGGUCAUCACCAACGCAUUUGUCAUCGCAGUGACCUCUGACUUCAUCCCUCGCUUGGUGUAUGCGUAUAAAUAUGGUCCUUGUGCUGGCCAAGGAAAGGCAGGAGAAAAAUGCAUGAUUGGUUACGUGAAUGCCAGCUUGUCAGUGUUCCUGGUGGCAGACUUUGAAAAGCGUUCCGAACCAUAUUUGAAUGGGAGUGACUCUUUCGGUACAGUAGAGUACUGCAGGUAUCGUGACUAUAGGGAGCCACCUCAUUCCAAGGAACCGUAUGCCUACACACUGCAGUUUUGGCAUGUAUUAGCAGCUCGCCUGGCUUUUAUCAUUGUAUUUGAGCAUUUGGUUUUUAGUAUAAAGAAUCUGAUUGCGUAUUUGAUUCCUGACUUACCAAAAGACCUCAGGGACAGAAUGCGCCGUGAGAAGUAUUUGAUUCAGGAAAUGAUGUAUGAGGCUGAGCUGGAGCGUCUUCAUAAGGAACGCAAUGAGAGGAAGAGGAAUGGGAAAGGUUCUCACAAUGAGUGGCCGUGAAUACAGAUAUCAACCACUGAGGUUAAGCCUGCCUUCUCUGUAUUUUACAGUUGUUCCCUGCAACUUCUGAAAGUACCAUUCUACAGACUGGAUAAAAUGCAGCUUCAAUGCAUGACAGGAAAAAAACAAAAAUAAACCAUUCAGUAUCCAAUCAUAAGAGGAUGUACUGUGAAGACUUUUGCAACUCCAGAAUGAUCCUUUCAAUAUUUAUAAUGCUGCCAGCAUGUUGAAUAUGUUAUUCAAUCCUGUAAGCCAAUUUUUACUUAAAGGAGGUAACUGUUUUACACCAAUUUGCUAAGUUACCCAUUCUGCAUCUUCUCUCUCCUAUCAACUGCCUUUUACAUACUGUCACAUCCAAUAUGUAAAUAAAAAAAAUUCUGAAA